AGGAUGCCGGUGCAGAGAUUACGACUUCUCUCAUGAUGUGAGCCACUCAGCAUCAAUCCCCUCCUCUUUCCACCAUCCAUCCCACCUCAUUCUACUACUACUACAACUACUACUGCUGCUGCUGGUGCUGCUGCUGCUGCUAUUAUUAUUACAACUACAACUACUCCCUCGCACACACAGAGGGGCAGCAGGCACGUUUCCUCAGGCUACAAGAGGAAAGAGUUUGCGUCCAGGACGAAAGGGUUAACAAGAUAAAAUUGGAUUUUUUUGAUUUUUUUCUCUCUCACCUUGCAGACAGGUUUGGAUUUGUGAUGUAUGUAUGGAAUGCUGGAUAACACUCUGAAAAUCAAGAGCUGGAUUUUGAGUGGGAUUUUUCUUUUUUUCUGAGUUGAAUCCUCCAGUAAAUGAGUACCUGGCUGGAGAUAUAAAGAUAUCGGGGAAGACUUUGUGUUGGAACUACAAAAAGCAAUCUGAAGAAGAAGUUGCAGUCCUAUGAGAAAACUACACGACCUGCAGGCUGAACAUCCUCAUCACUGAUCUCUCUACUCCAGUCGUCACCAUGAUGCUCUGUUGGUAGCCUUUUGCUACCGAUUUGGCUUUUGGCCUAUUCAACAAAUACUUUGUACCUCUGAUAACAUUCAACAUAUUUUACUCAAAACAUACAAACCACCACCUGCCAUGGAUUGCCUGUGUCCGGGUGAAGGCGUGAGCCGGACACAGGGCCCUGUCGGCAAACUGUAGCCACCUGGAUUCCCUUUCAGCGUUAUUCCCGUGAAUUUAUUCUGGAGUUAUUCUUUAUUUGGACCAGGGAUGGAUGUACCGGAAGGUAGCAAGCAUGGCAAGAAGUCAACAAGUCAAAAGCUGGAGGACCAGAAGAAGAUUUACACAGACUGGGCCAAUCACUACCUGGCCAAGUCUGGCUGUCCACGCCUCAUCAAGGACCUGAGCCAGGACAUCACCGAUGGAGUCCUGCUGGCACAGAUCAUCCAGAUCAUAGCGAAUGAGAAGGUGGAGGACAUCAAUGGCAGCCCGAGGAGCCAGUCACAAAUGAUUGAAAAUGUGGACGCCUGUCUCAGUUUCCUGGACGCCAGAGGAGUGAAUGUACAAGGGCUCUCAGCAGAAGAGAUCAGGAAUGGCAACCUAAAGAGCAUCCUGGGCCUCUUCUUCAUCCUGUCGCGCUACAAGCAGCAGCAGCAACAACAGCAGCAGUACUACCAGUCCCUGGUGGAGCUCAGCCAGCAGACCAGCAGCACUGCGCCAUCCGCCAGCAGCCACAACAGACAAACACAAGAGAUGCAGUCCAGUCUGACAGCACGAUAUGCAAGUCCUCCGGGCCACAGUGGAAUAGGGUCACCACAAAAGAAGAACACAAGGUUACCGGGGCCCUCUAGGGUACCUGCUGCAGGCAGCGGGGCCUCCAGGAGCCCCGGCUCCUCUAACCUCAACCGUCGCAGCCAGAGUUUCAACAGCAUCGACAAGAGCAAGCCUCUUCAGUAUGCCAGUGGAAAUGACCGAGAAGCAGUGAGGGGCAUCCCCGUACCCAGUGGGAUGAAUGGGAGCAGUAUUGGUGGAACAGUUCCCACCAGCCUCAGUGGGCAGCAGCUGGCCUCUGCCAUCCCCUCACCCACAGCCGGCAAGUCCUGGCGCAGCAAGUCCAUGAACCUUAAACACAGUGCCACUUCGUCAAUGUUGGCCAGCCCCACGCACUCACCUUCCACCACUCCUUCAACCCAGUCCCCAGAAGGACUUCAGCCUCAUGGCAUUGAUGGAUCAAAAAUGGGAUCCACAGUUGGUGGCGGCCCCCAGAGGUCAAUGCUGGAUAAGUUCCGCAUGAUUAACCCUAGAUCGGCUUCGCGAGCGUCGCCAUCCGUCGCAGAGAUGGCUCUGCAGGAGGAGGAUGACCUGUCCGAGUAUGGCGAGGACGGACUGACACCCACAGGGUCAGUGUGCAGCAGUGGCAGUAGCAGUGCUACAGCCAAGCAAAUCCCUACCAAAACCCCGUCAUCGUCCCUCACGCCACCAAGCAAGACGUCCUCUACGUCCCCCUCCUCCUCAUUUUCAAAAGCGUCUGCCAAUGGCACUAGGUACAAAGACAAGGAAGACAAAAGCAAGUCUGGGAAACCGUCUAAGGAAAGUUCUCCACCCAAAGAGGAGCGUGAGUCUUCUGCAGACUCCAACAAAAAGACAUCCAAAAUUGCCAGCCUCAUCCCCAAGGGAGGGAAGCCAUCGUCGGGUAAGAAAGACGGUGGUGCCUCCACUGGCAUCCCAAAGCCAGGACUAAAAGCUCCCUCAACAACAACAACAGCAAAGCCUCAGAGUCCGUCCCAGACCCAAAGUCAGGCUGCCUUAAACAGCAGCGGCAACAUCCGGGGAGGAGAGGGGGAGAAAGGGAAAAUGACAAAAGGAGGGCAAGGUGGAAGUUUCUAUAUGCAGCGUUCCGUCGGCGGCCCAGAAGGAAAACGGACCAGCAUGACCUCCUCCACCAGCACCUCAGCGCUCUCUGGAUCGAGCGGGAUGCUGGGAGGAGGAGGUGGAGGAGCACUGGGGGGGAACGGAGUGGUUCAGCUUCCUCAGCAGCAGCAGCACAACCAUCCCAAUACUGCCACUGUGGCCCCCUUCAUGUACAGGACAUUCUCAGAAAAUGACUGCACCAUGAUGGCCCCAGUUGACCCCUGCCUCAGCCCCACCAAGGGAGAGCUUGUGUACAGCAAGACAGCCAAACAGUGCCUGGAGGAAAUAUCAGGAGAGGAUCCUGAGACGAGACGCAUGAGGACGGUGAAGAACAUCGCCGACCUGCGACAGAACCUCGAAGAAACCAUGUCCAGUCUACGGGGGACUCAGAUCAGCCACAGUACAUUAGAAACAACCUUUGACACCACAGUAACCACUGAGGUGAAUGGACGGAGUCUCCCAGCCCUCACUGCACGCUCCUCCCCCAUGGCUUGGCGACUGGGCCAAACACAAACCCCACGUCUCCAGGCGGGCGAUGCCCCCUCAAUGCCCAGCAGCUACGCUGCACCCAGGACCAACACGGCGGGCGCUGGCACGACCACAGGGCGCUACAGUGGGCACUCGGACUCCACCAGGUUUGUGUUCAGCGCCCCCCUGAGACGAGCUCCAGGGACAGGGGCGAGGGGGGCGGAGCAGGGAGAGAAGGGAGGAGGCGGGCUGGAAGGAGGGAAGCAGAUGGAGGUGGCAGGGUACAUGAGUGAUGGGGACGUCCUAGGGAAGAGCAACCGGAUGGAUGAGAUCACCAACGGAUACAUUACAGACGGUGGCCUCCAUCUGUAUGCAAGGAACACGGGCAGACCGUCAGACGUGACGUCUUCACGAGACGUAUCCCAGAGAGGAAGCAAAGAGAUGCAGGGCGACAUCGACAGUUGGGACGACAGCAGCUCGGUGAGCAGUGGUCUGAGUGACACGUUGGACAACAUCAGCACGGAUGAUCUGAACACACCUGCCUACUCUGCUUCUACCUCAUCACGCAAAAGCAAGGGAGCACAGUCGCAGAGAGGAAGCAGGUCCAAGCAUGCAGAGCAGGAGGUGAGCAGCAGUUGGGCCGGAGCUGAGGACCUGAAGAAGGUAGAGGAGGAGCUGGAUGCAAGCAUGGACCCCAGCAGUGGAUCCUCCCGCUGGAAGACUUCGUCAUCCUCCCCUUCCUCCCAAACCCAGGGUCAGUAUGAGGAGGCAGGUCAGAAGGCUGCUGCACUGGCCCAGAUGUCCCAGACAGGCUCAUGGAGGAGGGGCAUGACAGCCCAGGUGGGCAUCACACCGCCCAGGACUAAGGCUACUUCUGCUGCCCACAAAACUCCAGGCAAAACUGACGACGCUAAGGCCUCAGAGAAGGGCAAAGCACCUUCCAAGAGUUCAGCUGCCAUUCAACGCUCACCCUCAGAUGCAGGGAAGAGCAGUGGGGAUGAAGGCAAGAAACCCCCCUCUGGCAUCGCACGCCCACCUGCUACAAGCUCAUUUGGAUACAAGAAGAUUCCAGGUCCCAGUGGCACCCUAAUCACCUCCAGUGGGGCAACACUCGCCAGUGGCUCAGCCACCCUGGGCAAGGCGCCCAAGUCCUCAGCUGCACUUGGCAAAGGCACAGGCAUUGGUGGUGUGCGGAAGACCAGCCUGGAUGGCUCACAGCCCCAAGAUGACGGCAUUCUACUCAGCUGCGGAGGCUCCAAAGUGACCCUCCAAUACCGCUCUCUGCCCAGACCAGCCAAAUCCUCCAGUGGGGCAGCAGCAGGACGCAGCGGGCAUCGCUCCAGCUCCAGCAGCAUCGACUCAAAUGUCAGUGGCAAGUCAGCUGGUGGGGCAGCGGCACAAACGGGCGCAAAGCGCAGAGAUGGAAAAGUGGGCUCAGACCGCUCCAGUCCCAUCACAGUAAACCAGACAGACAAGGAGAAAGUAGCAGUGUCAGACCAGGACCCGACAGCAGGACUAUCCACAUCCCCCAAAGCCAGUCCGACGUCCACCUCGACAGGCCAGUCAGGCCUCAGGCAGCCAGGUUCCAAGUAUCCUGAUAUCGCUUCACCUACCUUCCGCAGAUUGUUUGGCACCAAAGCCAGCAGCAAGGCCAGCUCCCCAGGUACGCCCGACUCUGGCAAGUGCCCCUCAAUUCUGGGCAGCCCCCACGGCACAUUGGCAAGGCAGGCCAGUCUGGACUCACCCUCCUCUGGCACAGGGAGCCUGGGCAGCGCUAGUGGCAUGAGUGGUUGCAGCAGCCCACUGUACGGUAAAACCCCAGACUUGUGCACUGACUCCCUGGCCUCCAGCCCGGCCUCUGGCCUCUCCCUACCCUCCAACGCUCGGCCCUGGCCUGCCUGUAGCUCAUCAGCUGGCAGCAAGGACACACUGAGCUGCCAAAGCAUGACCAGUCUGCACACCAGCUCUGAGUCUAUUGAUCUGCCACUGGGCCACCAAGGGCCAAAGAUUACACGAACCGGCAGUGUCAAGUCCACCCUGUCUGAGGGCAUGCCUCUUGACAGAAACACACUCCCCAAAAAAGGACUGAGGUACCCAGCGUCCGCUCGGCAGACUUCAAAUGACGAAGGGAAGGAAUGGCUGAGGUCCCAUUCAACAGGGGGGCUUCAGGACACAGGCAGCCAGUCCCCACUGUCUCCUCCAGGAGCUACCUGCACCGCAAUUGGAAAAUACCACUACUCAAACCUGUUGAGUCCCACCAACAACAGCCAGUAUAACCUGCCACCAAACAACACCAGCAUGAGCCGUUCCAACAGCAUCCCUGCCCAGGACUCCUUUGACCUGUAUGGAGAGGGUCACCCACUGGGUGGCAGCGCGACCUCCUUGGAAGAUCGCCCGCGGGGCAUCAGCCGCUCCGGCUCCUUCAGGGACAGCACUGACGAAGUCCAUGGCUCGUCAUUGUCACUGGUCUCCAGCACAUCUUCACUCUACUCUGCAACAGAGGAGAAAGCACACUCAGAGGGCCAAACAGUCCAAAAUUCCACGCAAAUCAGAAAACUGCGUCGGGAGCUGGACGCCUCUCAGGAGAAGGUGGCGACCUUGACGUCUCAGCUGUCUGCCAAUGCUCACCUGGUGGCAGCCUUUGAAAAGAGCUUGAGCAACAUGACCUGCCGCCUGCAGAGUCUCACCAUGACUGCUGAACAAAAGGAGUCUGAGUUAGUUGAGUUGCGGGAGACCAUAGAGACGCUGAAGACCCAGAACACAGACGCACAGACGGCCAUUCAGGUGGCUCUCAACGGUCCUGACCAUUUCCACAAAGAUCUGCGGAUAAGACGGCAGCAGUCGUCUGAAAGCAUGUCCAGCAUCAACAGCGCAGCCAGUCACUCCAGCAUGGGCAGCUUGGGCAAGGAUGCCGAGGACAAGAAGAAGAAGAAGAAGAGCUGGGUGGCUGAUUCCAUCCCAGCUCAGUUGCGCAGCUCCUUUAAGCAGGCCUUCAGCAAGAAGAAAACCAAAUCCCAGUCAGCACAUGACGAGACGGAGGAGAUGACAGACUCACUGCCAUCCUCACCCAAACUGCAGCAUGACAACAGGCAAGGCAGCAUCGCCACGUUGCAUUCUUCCCCCUCCACGACAGACAAGUGCAUUUGCGAUAGCAAGUCCUCCCCUAUUUGGACACCAAAGAAAAAGCAAAAUGGUCAUGUGGUCUACAAGCACAGAUCUCGGUUGUGUGAAUGCACCGAGGCAGAGGCCGAAAUCAUCCUCCAGCUGAAGAAUGAGUUAAGAGAGAAGGAGCUCAAGUUGACAGAUAUACGCUUGGAGGCGCUCAGUUCUGCGCACCACCUUGACCAGAUCCGAGAGGCCAUGAACCGCAUGCAGAACGAGAUAGAGAUGCUGAAAGCGGAGAACGACCGCCUCAAAUCCAGCAGCAACGCGACGCCCACGGCCACGCCCGUCAAAACCGCCCGGCCGCCUUCUGAGACCUCCAGCACCUCCUCGUCCUCUUCGCGUCAGUCCUUGGGGUUGUCGCUAAAUAACCUCAACAUCACUGACACCAUCAUGUCAGAUAUUCUGCUAGAUGACAGCUAUGAGGGCAAUCUACGCAAAGAGGGCCGGAGUGUGCGUAUAGUGGUCAACAUCAACAGUGGGCCAAAUAAAACUAAGGACACACAGAGCCAGUACCUGAUUGGGUCGAUAGGCGUGAGUGGAAAAACCAAGUGGGACGUCCUGGACGGCGUCAUCCGGCGCCUCUUCAAGGAGUACGUAUUUCGCGUGGACCCUCUGACCACCCUGGGUCUCAACUCAGACAGCAUCGUCUGCUACAGGAUGGGGGGGGUGGUUCGCGCCCACGCCUCCGAAGUGCCUGAGCUGCUGCCCUGCGGCUACCUGGUGGGCGACAACAACAUCAUCAAGGUCAACCUCAAAGGAGUGAAGGACAACAGUAUAGACAGUCUGGUGUUUGACACGCUCAUCCCAAAACCCAUCAUCCAGCGGUACCUCAACCUGCUGAUGGAGCACCGUCGCAUCAUCCUCUCAGGACCCAGCGGCACCGGCAAGUCCUUCCUGGCUGUCAAGCUGGCCGAGUACAUCAUAUCCCAAAUGGGGCAGGAGGUGACGGAGCACAACGUGGCCAGCUUCAACGUGGACCAGAACUCCAGCAAGGAUUUGCGUCAGUACCUGUCCAACCUGGCAGAGCAGUGCAACUCUGAGGAGACGGACAUGGAGCUCCCCACUGUGGUCGUCCUGGACAACCUCCACCACAUCGGCUCCCUCAGUGACAUAUUCAACGGUUUCCUCAACUGCAAGUACCAUAAAUGUCCGUAUGUUAUUGGGACCAUGAAUCAAGGAGUUUCCUCGUCUCCUAACCUCGAGUUACACCACAACUUCAGGUGGGUGCUGUGCACCAACCACACUGAGCCAAUCAAAGGAUUCCUGGGCCGUUUCCUGCGCAGGAAGCUGGUGGAGACUGAGAUCAAGAAAAACAUGCGCAGCAAUGACUUGAUAAAGAUUAUCGACUGGAUCCCGAAGAUCUGGCAGCAUCUCAACGGCUUCCUGGAAGCACACAGUUCCUCCGAUGUCACCAUAGGCCCCCGUCUCUUCCUGUCCUGUCCCAUGGAUGUAGAAGGCUCUCGUGUUUGGUUCACGGACCUGUGGAACUACUCUCUGGUGCCGUAUCUGCUGGAAGCCGUGCGAGAAGGGCUCCAGCUGUACGGCAAAAGAGCAGCAUGGGAGGAUCCGUCCAAGUGGGUGAACGACACGUAUCCGUGGAACGCCGCCUCUCUGCAGCAGGACGGCCAGUCACUGCUGCAGCUGAGGCCGGAGGACGUGGGAUACGACAGCUACAACUCCUCCAAGGAGGGAGCCUCGUCCAAGCAAGUGUCUCAGAGUGACACUGAGGGAGACCCACUGAUGAAUAUGCUGCUACGGCUGCAGGAGGCAGCGAACUACUCCAGCACACAGAGCUGCGACAGUGACAGCACCAGUCACCAUGACGACCAGCUGGACUCCUCCCUUGAGUCGGCGCUAUAAGAGCGAGCGCUGCGUUUGAGGACAAACGGAUCCUUGGACUCCUUGAACCAGGGAACACAUAAACCUCCAUCACUAUAAGACUUGACCUCUAUAGACGUAUGAUAUAUGAAAAGUUUUAUUAUCCUAAAUGGUAUAUCCACCAUUUCAAAGUAAACUCCUAUUUUUGACAUAAUGAUGGUGCAAUAUUAAAUCAAAAGUAUAUGUUUUAAAGAGCAGUUUCCAACUUGAUUACAAUGACAAACAAUCAUAUGAGUUGGAUCACUUCUAUUUUGCCGGCGUGAAAUAUUUAAGUUAGCGAGUGAGUUUUAUUGGAUCUAUAACAUUUUAACAAUACAACUUUUCAUAUAUGUGUGUGGGCAGGAUGUUCCUCUUCAGUUGACUUUCAAGACAUAAACCACAGUCUGUGCUCAGCUAGGAUGAGCCACACUUUCCUUUUGAGACGUCAAUUUCCAGAGAGUUACAAACAUGAGAGAGAGAGCGCGAAAGGUUGACAUGAUAAAACUGGAUUUUCGUUUUUUAAAACCCAGUUAUAUCUUCAGAUGUUUACAAGCGGGGGCGGGUGGUUAUUGUGUUUCGGGGUUUUUUUUUAAACGUAUUUCCUUGUUUACAGAGGUGCUUCUCACAAACACACACCCAUAUAAAUGCACUUACACACCGGCAGCGGGAGUUUUCUUUUAAUCCGUGGCUUUAACCAGUUCAAGCCUGCAUUUGACCAACAGUGCAGCCUGCCAAAGUGUCCUUGAGCAAGGCAUGGUAUCUCCACCACCUCUGAGGUACGUGACGUCCAAUCUGAGAAAGGCAGGGAGGAGGACAACACUGCGGCUUGGUUUUAGGGGAGGUGAUGCCCUCUGGUGGCUUCACUUGAGGCUCGUAGCUCUAACGCUGAAUGUUGAUCCUUCACAUACAAAUUGGAGUCGUUACAGAUUCAUCAAAUUGAUUCUGAGUUUCAGUAAUGUCAGUUUAGAUUUGUCGUUUGAGCUCAGCUGACAGUUACUUUCUUUUUAGAAUCAGGUUCAGGGCUACAGGACACUUUCUAUCUAGUUGUUUACCUCUGUGUCACUGACAUUGUCAUUACCUUUUUUAAACAUUCACUUGGGCCAGUCAGUGGUGGCACAGCCUCUACACCUGGACACACACACACACACACACACACACACACACACGCUCAGUCAUGACUUGAGCCUCACGGUGCUUCUCUCCUGCCCUGAACCUCAUCAUCAGUGUCAGGCACUGCCAUGUCGCUCCUCUCUGCCCUGCAUGCCAACAAGCACAAUGACAGCUCAUUGUCCGUGUCAUCGGCCACAUCGUUACUGUGAAGCAAAAUAUGGACAAGUGCCAAUGUUUCCCUUUGAUUUACUGCCAAAUGUACACACACACACACACACACACAUAACCAAACACUUCCCACCACAAUGCAAAGCUGCCCAUUUGUGGACUUAGAUUUAGUUCUUUUUUCCGCUUUAUUUACAUCUGAAGCAUGUUGUUACAGCGCACAACAGCAUCAGCUGAUCAUUUGCUAAGCUCCUCCCCUAAUCAGUGACUGUCCGCUCAUGUCCGUCAAGCUUUGGAUUUCUCCUCCUGAGCUCUUACGUUCAGAUACUCAGUGUUGAAAAAAAGAAAAAAAGGCUGGCGUUGAUUGAAGCCUUUCCUAAUCCAAAAAGACAAGAGUAAAUAAUGCAAGGACUAGAUUUAGCAGCGUUAGUUGUGACCCAUGAACACUCUCCAGAUACAAACUGUAAGACUUUGUUGUUUUGAUGUCUAAUAAGCUUUAGAAUAUAUAAAUCCAUUGGUGCAAAUGGACUUUUCGAAGAACAAAAAGUGUUACGUAAUGUAUGCCGCUGUCAAAGUGCCAAAGACCAAUUUUAGGAGACAGUUGUUAUUAUAACGAAUGAGCUGGAAAAUGUAAAGCUUGACUGGCAUAGUGUACAGUGUAUAAAGGGGGUGGGGCUUAGCAGAUAGUCCUUUGAAAAUAGUUUCAUCUCGUUGUGAUCUAAGUAGAAAAUGGGGGAAUUUCAGACAGUAACAGGACAACAGUAGGCUGGAUAAUUAACUGGUGUCACCUGACAGAGCUGUGACACUGUUUUAUCACUUAAAAAAAAAAAUAUUGAUUAUUAUAAAAACUGACAAUAUAAAAUGGCUGCGUCUUGCUUGGAAAUCUCUGGCACUCAUGUGAGAGUCUGCAGUUCAGCGUCUGCAGUUCAUCUGGGAUCCAUGAGGUACCAAAAAAAUAACUAUCAUUAGUAUUUUGAAAUGCAAAUUAAAGAGAUCAGCUCAGUAACUCUAUAUGAGAACAGUGGUGCUGGUGCUUUCUCACUGCCUUAAAUGUGCAAACGUUUGGGAGGCUGAUGGAUGAUGAUGAUGAUGAUGAUGAUGAAGAUGCUGCUUGUAGCUUGAAAAACAGCUUCUUGUUUGUGGUCGCUCUCUCACAUCCCACCCUCCGCUUCUUCUUGUUCCCGACAGUUGAAGUAUAAAAGAGUCAUUGCUGUCAUUUGAAUUCAAAAACUGACCAAUAUUGUAAAAACAUUUAAAAGGGACGGGGUAUUUUUUUAGUUGUUGUUUUGCGCCCAGUUGAGCUGGGCUCACUUGAACAGACAGGAGCACAACCAAACUGUUUUGGGUUUUCUAGCCUGAUGAGCAUGUUUUAAAGCUUUUUAAAGGGGAUGCAUUGAGAAGAGACCUUUACCUUUAUGUAUGCGUAUUGGACGGAAGCCAUUUUAAAUUUUGAUUGUCCUCUCUUUGUUUAACGAGUGGGUUGGUUUUGCACACUUUGAGGUCGGGGGUGGGUUGUAAAUACUUAAGUCUUGCACAGUGAAUCAAAGAUGCAUUCUGCUCUGUUGAUGUUACAAUAUGCUUAUCCCGCUGAGUAAAUUAUUGUACUUUGAAAACAGAGGGGAGGGGAAAAAAGGAAGGCAAAAACUCAACACGCUGUCAGAAACAGGUAUGUGUCUUGUAGUGAUUGGAUGUUUCGCCUAUGCAGGAGGCCAACGGUGUAAAGUUAGUGAACUGUUUGUUGACUCACUGACAUCACAGACUGAGAACAAAAAAAAAGAAAAGAAAAAAAGAGGCACUUUUCCAGUUUUCCCGCAUCCUGCCAUAAUCUCUUCUGGAUCCUCUCUGUCUAUAUGAAUGCCUGUUGUUUCUUAAAAGCACUUCUCUGUGGACAUUUUAACCCAAGCUUACCGCCACGUUGGGCUUGUUCGCUGUUUGAGGCACUGAAGCUGACCUGACACCGUACUGUAUACACUUACCAACAACCAACCGGUGCUACUUGUCAGUCAAAGCCCACCAGAGACGAGUCACAUUGUCACAACCUCAGGACAAUCCAAUCCUAUACAAUCCUACCUGUGUUUAGCUUCACGUGUCUCGACAGCCAGGCCUCUGAUGGUUCGCACAUUUCAGUACAAUAUAUGUUGCCAACUUCACCGUCCUUGUGUCUGCAAGGGUGUGUGGUUGCAUGCUAAGGGAGCAGUUACCAUAGUAACAGGUGGCUCCUUAACUUGACUUACACCUAUGUAUCAAACCUGAGCUUAGCUAUCCCACAUUUAACCUCUCAGCUACUCUACACUCCUGUUGUAGGCCAUUAGUUCAGAGCUUGGACGCCGUUAACAGUGUACACCGUCGUGCUAAUGAUUAACCGGUAACAAUUUUUUCCCCACUUACACCUUUGCAGUUACAUCUCAGUUGAAAACCAUAGCAUUUACUCUGGUUGGAGAGAAAGUUUUCUUCUUUUCUGGGUGAAACAUUUGUCCUUAAAUGUUUUAUAUUUUGUACAUUUGUAUGUAACAUAUCAUGUAAAUAGACAGAGACAGUGAUUUAACUCAUCUGGAGGAUUUUGUAGUCUUUGUAAAGCCCUAAUAAAUGGUAUUUGGUGUCACACAAGCAAACAACA